AGACCGAACCACGGUACGACGACAAGCGACAUUCUGACCUGGUAAGUCGCCAGUGUCGGAUCGUGAGGAAGUGAAUAAGACUAAGCUUGCGUCGCAGGACAUUUAAAUCACCCGAAGCCAAGUUGUUUCAAAAGGGGAACAGUUUCUUCGUGCACCUAUCCACAACAACGUAAACCUAGGUGCAACGAACUAUUCACAAGUAACUCUAAUCGACGAAACACAACCAACAAGGCCGAAUUACGCUUAUUUAUAAUCCUACAACCUACGUCCUACGUCCCUUCGAACAAUCUUUUUUAUUCAUUCGCUAUUAGUGUGUGUUCGAGCUAUUCGUUUUAUUUUUUCUCUUUUCUUGAUCGAGAGGCAGCUUCGACGAUACGAGGAUAUAUAUGUACAUAAAGAAAAUAGGAGAGCUCAAUACAAGAAAAAGAGCUAUACAAUUCGGUAACUACGCCAGACGAGAGAAUAUCAGAGACGAAAGGAGAGUGUGUUGUGCAAGGGAUAAUAAAACCCGGCUUUUUUUCACGUCGUCGAAUUUCGACGUUGUGUUGUAUAUAUUGUUUUCGCGUACAUAGCCUCUAGGUGAGUGAUAUAUUCGAAGUCAUUGCCCGAAACCAAGGUCCUGUACGUGUAUGUAUACACGCGUAUGACAUGUGUAUAUAUAUGUUAUAUUUUGUGAAGUGUUGAGUGUCCUGGCAAGCGUCUUCUCGUGCGAAUUCGUGUGAACUACCGUAUCUUUACGAUCGAUUCGUGCAUGCUCUGUCUGGUCGCGCCGGCGAAAAACGGUUUGGCAACGUGGCACGUGAAUAAAGUGACACCGCGACGACGGCGACGGCGACGACGACGGCGGUGAGAAGGGACGGAAAAAACGAAGGAGGAGAGAAAAAAAGUCCGAUCCCCGAGAAUCUCUGUGCGUCGUCGAAAAGCUUGACACACCGGGAUAUCUUCGAUCGCGAACAGUCACCGGAGAAAAAGGAGGAGGAGAGGCUGUGCCGCCGCCGCCGUUUCUCUGUUGUGCGUGUGCGUGUUCGAGAGGUUAGAAACGCCACGGGAUCAUGGAUCUGCUUUGCUGCGAGACUACUGAGACUGAGUGCAGAGCCUACGCUGAUCCAGCCCUUCUUGGUGAUGACCGUGUGCUGCAAAAUCUACUGAAAACCGAGGAAAGAUACGCGCCCAGCAGUUCUUACUUCGAGUGCGUGCAGAGGGACAUCUCGCCGCUCAUGCGCAAGAUUGUCGCGGAGUGGAUGUUAGAGGUAUGCGAGGAGCAGAAGUGCCAGGACGAGGUCUUCCCCCUGUCGAUGAACUAUGUCGACAGGUUCCUCUCGAUCUGCCCGAUCAGGAAGUCGCAGCUGCAGCUGCUAGGAACUGCCUGCCUACUUCUCGCCUCGAAAUUGCGAGAGCCAUCACCGCUCACCGCGGAGGUUCUCGUUUUCUACACAGACAAUUCCAUCACCAUGGAUGACUUAUGGAGGUGGGAACAGUUGGUCGUAUCGAAGCUGAAAUGGGAAUUAUCCGCUGUAACACCCGGUGACUUUUUGAUGCACAUCCUGAGCAGACUGCCAGUACCACGUACUUGGGAUCCAGUAAUGGUCAGAAGGCACGCGCAAACCUUCAUCGCCCUUAGCGCAAGAGAGUACAAAUUCUCGAUGUAUACACCAAGCAUGAUAGCGGCAGCGAGCGUCGCGGCAGCCCUUCACGGACUCGAUUGGACAGGGAAAAGCGGUUACGGACUGGCCGGCCUCCUCGACGAGCUAACUCGCAUCACGGCUAUCGAACAGGAUUAUUUGCAAGGUUGCUUGGAACAGAUCGAAGAGAUGGUUUCUCAAGCAGUGGGUGCUGAUGGUACCGGCGGAAAUGGUCAUCAGAUGACCGGAUCAUCGGGUGCGUCGCAAAGGCCUCUGGGGGACGAGAUAACCAGCCAGGAAAAGAUCCUGGAACACGAGAAGGCGGGAACACCGACCGACGUGAGGGACGUCCAUUUUUGAGAGACGCCACUGAGGGAAACUCUGGCCAGGGUGACUCUCUGCUGAGCCUAGAAGCCGAGGAGGAAAGGAUACCCAGUAGCGAAGAAGACGACGAUGCUGGGAAAUCCUCGGCCAAGAAGAGAAUCGGAAAGAAUGAAGAGAAGAAAUUCGAGUGAGGAAACACGCAAGAAAAUUCCUGAAGAAGAUAGAUAUAAGGAAAAGGACACAGAUGUACGAAUAUGUUAUGCUUGCUCGACCGAAUCAUUUGAUUUUCCUUCGUCAUCACUGUGAACAAAAUCGUCUUCAAAAAAAAAAAAAGAGAGAGACAUCUCAGAACGUGUUCGAUAUUAUAGUGUUCUGUACGAAUUUUGUACAUUCGUCGUGAAGAUUUAUCGAAUUAAGGAACAUCGAGGGAUUAGAGACAAUUUUUUUUUUUAAUCAAAUCCUUCUGUAGUGUGUUUUAAUUGGAGGAUCAAUUUAUCGCCAUUUAGUGGGCGAUUUUUGAAUGAUGGAAGAUUAUUUUUCACGUGCUCGAUUCGUGAGAGCUCAUUGAUGCAAAAGAGCGAAAUAUACGAGUUUUAGCCGAUCUGUAUAGAUAAAGCUAUCCGAUAGCUGUUAUAGUUUUUACUCAAGGAUCGAGCAACGAUCCAUAUCGAGUAUCGUCCCAAUCGUAAUUCCGCGUGCAGAAUUUUUUAUAUAUGUAUAUGUAGAGAGUCGAAUGACGAACACGAGGGCCCAAGCUUUUAAUGGACCCACUUUGUUAUUUAAUUAUAUGCGUUUUUAUUUGCGAAGAUUUGUGCGCAUUUGAUCAUUCGAGACAUUGGGAUCAGUUUUGUUCUCAUUUCAUUGACAUAGAUUAUUUGUCCGUCUCGAAUCAUGAUCUAUAAUUUCCUGAAACCUUUUUUCUUUUAUUAUUAUUAUUAUUUCUUUUUAUUCUACUUUUUUUUUUGUAGAAACAAUACCUCUUAUCGGCAUUGUGAAAAUUUAUUGAUCGAAGAUGCUAAAUAUGAAAAAAUCGAAUUUGUUUAUUUCUUUUUUCAAGUUGAUGAUUGGACAAUUUUAAUUGAACAAUAACUUGUUAUUUCUUUUAAGUUAGAUCUUUCUUUUUAUAGAAGAAAAUGUAUUCGAAUAUCAAAUGAUAAUUAACCAAAUAAUUAAAAAAAAAAAAAAAAAAAAUGAAGCAUAUAACAAUAUUUUCGUUUUUUCUCGAAAAAUUUAUAUAAUUUCAACUUUUGAUCAGUUCAGUUUACAUUUAUAUAGAAAAAAUGAAAAGAAAUUGAUUUACAAAGAAUUAAUAACUGCUCAAUAAAUAUUAUAAAAAAAAUUUAAAUUGUAUAUGAUUCAAAAAUCAAUGUGUAAAUUUAAAAGAAACAAAAGAAGAAGAAAAGUAUAUUUCUUAAAAAAAAAACAUUUGAAUAUAAAAAAUAAAUUAUAAAAAAGAACAAAUUAUUUUAAAAGCAUCUUCGAAAGAAACUUAAAACUAACAAAGAUAUUAAAAACUUGGAAAAAUUGAUUUCGAAGGGUUAAGGGAAAACCUAAAAGAGAUUAGAAAAUAUAAUAAAGAAAAAUAAAAAAUAGAAUAAAGAAAAGAAAGGAGAAAUCGGUAGACAUGCCGUUAAGGGAAGACAAUGCAAUACGCUUCAUGCAUCUAUUUCGUAAUAGAAUUGUACACUUAAUUUUUAGUAGCAGGACGACGAAGCUACUACGCCAAUUUUAUGUAUCAAAAAAAAAAAUAAUAAAUAAAUAAAUAAAUAAAAAAAAUAAAAAAUAAAAAAAUAAAAAAACUAAAGAACAAUGAAAAAUAGGAGGAAACGCGAUUUUAAUCCUCAUUCGCCGGACUAAAAAAAAGAUAAGAGAAGAAAACCAGAAAAUAAGGAGAAAAAUGCACAUAGUCAUAUCGAGUCACUUAGUGUUUUGUACAUAGCUAUACAUACGAGGAAAGUUAUUAUAUAUAUAUGUACACAUUAUAUAUACAUGAGAUGUGUGCGUGCGUACGUAUGUGUGGGCGAUAAUGAAAGAAAAUGAAAAGAAAAAACACUGACUGCUUGUGCGAGUUAUUAUAGAGAGAUUUGAAAGGAACAGGGAAGCAUUUUUUACGAUAGAAAAAUAAUUCCCUUUUGUUCUUUUACAUUUAUGUUACGUUAUAUGUGUUUAUAUCCAAAUGAAUUUCCUUUCGGGGGCUGUGGCACAAUCUGUCGCUUAUUCCACUCGGUUCCUAAGAUCGGUUGUGCCAGUCCACGAUGCAUCUGUGAACAACGUCUGAUGCACAGUAUGUGAAUGUGUGAAUUGUACGUCAUGUAUGUUGAAUUUUUCUUAGGCGAAAAAAGUAAAAAACGAAGAAAAGUUUUAACAAUGUACAGAGGUGGUUUUGAAAUUGAAGAUUUAGAUAAUUACCAAAUGUUAAAUUUAUAAAUUUGUAUUUCACAUAUUUCAUUUAUAAGUGGCACUUUUUAAAUCUGUUUUUUUAAUUUCUUAAUGACAGAAACAUAAAAUUAUGAUUUGAUUUAAGUGAUGAUAAUCGAAUAAUGAACAACUUGAAUGAUUUUGCAUCUAUAACAUUAUUCAAAUUUUUGUUGAACUUAUUAUUAAGUUCUUGAAACUUCGAGAAGUAUUCUACAUCUUGUGUACAAUAACAAAAAAAGCAUUGAUUAUUAUUAAAACAUUUUAUAUUAAUGUUGUUUGCAUUAAACUUAUUAAAGUUUAUAAUUGUGUAUUUUUAGCAAACUACAAAAGAUAAUGAAAUCCUUCAUUUCAAUAAUAAUAAUUAAUAUUAAAAUUAAUAUUCAGAGAAUUAAACAGGAUAUUAUUAUUCAUAAUAUCAUUAAAUUUAAUUUUAAUAAAAACUAUCAUCCAUUAGAUAAAUUUAAAAUUUUUUUGCAACAAAAUUAAUCAUGAGUUUUUAUUAAAGAAUUUAAUAAAAAGAAAACUCUGAUAGUUGAAUUGAAUCAGUUUUAAUUUGUACCACUUUAUGUGAUCAAAACCACUGCUGUACAUAGGUAUUUUUCCUCUCGAACCGCGGCUGUAUAUAUGUAGGUAAGCUAUACGAGGCGUAUAAUUAAGAGGUAACACGUAGUCCGUGUAAGAUAAAACGGCAAGUAAUGUGGCAGAAUGAUAGAAUUGAUAAAGAGAAGUUGGAGAGUUUAAUUAUAAAUAGACAAACAACAGGAUAUUUAGAAAUUGUUUAAUAAUUAAACCACUUUGGUGCUGUGAUUUUUAUUCUGUGGGUUUGUUAGAAGUGCAUGAAAUCGCGAAAUAUGAAAUUUUAUAAAAUUUCAUUUGUAUUAUACUAUUUCUUAAAUUUUUUAAACAAGUAUAUUUGGAUAAAAUAUUAAAAGUACAAAAUCGGAAGAUGCAACAAGUUUCAAUUAAUGAUUAGGACAAGAUAGAUGAAAAUAAAAGAUAAAAAUUCAAUAAAAUUUGAUAUUCAUAUCUAUGUAUUUUAUAAAAUCAUCAAUUGUCACUUAAAUACAUAAAAAAUCUUAAAAUUAGACCAAUUAAAACGAAAUUUUCAAAUUUAGAUCUUUGUAAAUAAAUUAUCCCUUACCAUAACAUAAUAUUUAAACCAAAUUUUUAACUCCAAAUCACGAAGAAAGAAAAAAAAAUAUAUAUAUAUAUAAAAUAUAUAUAAAUUAUAUAUAAAAUAAAAUAUAUAUAAAUUAUAUAUAUGUAUAUAUAUGAAACAAUUUUAAUCGCACAAAUCCACAGCACCAGAAGAAUAAAACCUCAACUACUAUCGUUUAUCCAACAUAUAUCAUUAUCAUCUUCUUUUAUAAAACAAAACAAAUAUUUAAAUUAUUCCUAUUAAUCUACUAUGCUAUAUGUACAUAUAGAUUGCCAAGUAAUUAAAGUAGAAUUUUCCAAUGCAACUAAAAUAACAAAAAUAGAAAAAUAAUAUAAAUUCUAAUCUCUGAUUUCAAAAAAUAAGUAUGCGUUCAGACGACAGUAGUUGAGGCCAGCGUUCACUUUGAAAAAAAGUAAAAAAGUAAAAAAAUAAAAAAAAACAAAAUAAAAAAUCAAAAAAAUAAAAAAUCCACGAAUUCGUUAGUACUUAAAGUGCGUCUAUUAGAGUAAAAAAAGAAAGACGGAGAAGAAUGCGAAUUCUUCUUUAAAUUGUUAAAAUGAAACAAAGUCAAACGGAAAGAAACAAGAAAAAAGAAGAAGAAUGGAAGAAGUUAUAUAUAUAUGCGAUUUCGACUGCGCUCGAGAGAAAUAAAUCCGCGCAUUCCAACUAAGAAAUAAGAAAAAAAAAAUAAAGAGAAAACACGAUAAAUGGGAGAAAAAUCCCUGUGCCACGAAGCGAAACUUAGUUAGUAAUAUACUCUUCAAAUAACCAAAUCUUAGUACAACGUAGAGAGAGAUCGAAUAAUAUAAAAGUGAAAGAAAAAAGAAAACGAAUGAUCCAAGCUGAUGUACGCAUGGCUGAUCUUUUUCAUACUUGUACUACUAGCGUACGAUAAUGCGUUCUCUGUACACGCACCUAUAGUAUAUAUGUAUAUAUAUAUGUAUAUAUAUAUAUAUAUAUGUAUAUAUAUAUGUAUGUAUAUAUAUAUAUAUAUAUAUAUAUUUAUAUAUUUGUAUAUAUAUUACAUGUUGUGUAUUUUAUAUAUACAAAUAUAUGUAUAUAUGUAUAUGUGUGUGUGUUGUGUAUAUAUGUAUUUGUAUAUUUUAAACACGUAUCAUUGUGUACCUUGGAAAAAUGGGAACAUUGUCGAGAGACGGGGGAGGGACGCAUCGGAGCUACGUCGAACAAUUGUAAACCGGAUAUGACAGUUCCUUGAUGCAGGGUCUCGAGUUUUCUUAUAAGUUCGAUCAAGAUUAAAAAGUUGAUGAAACUUUUAUAUUUAAAAAAUAUUUAAAAAAUAUUUGCCUCUUUCUAUGAAUCGUCCGUUGAAAAUUUAUUAUUUCGAUAAAAAGAAAUGCUCAAAAAGUAAAGUUUUUAGUAAAAGUUAAUUAGUAUAUUUAAUGUGUAAUGUGUUCAUGUAAAUGAAACAUUAUUUUAAAAAUAAUUUGAAAUUUAAAUUCCGGAGAUAAAUAAUAAUUAUAAUGAUAUCGUUUUUCUUCAUAUUAUACAUUAAAAUUCAGUUUUAUGAAACUGAAUGUUAUAGACCAUAAGUUUACGAUAAAUAAUUUAUCUGCAAUUUUUUGGUUUGCUUUAUUUGUUAGAAUCGUACUUAAUCUUGAGAUUUAUGCUCUUUUAAGGCCUUUAAUUUUGUUAAUAGAUUUCAGAUUUGGCUUUAUGCAUGGAUACUGAAUCUACAUAUAUUGUUUUCUAAUUCUUUUUUGUUUGUUUUAAUUCAAGAUUUGUAAAAAUAUUUAUUUGCAUUAUAGACAGUUUUUUUUUUAUAGAAAAGUUCUUUAUUUAAUUGUAAAGAUCUCUAUAUAUACUAUUUUAAUCAUUUACUUUGCAUUUAUUUAGAUUCAUUUAUUGAAGUUCUUAUAUUUUGGAAUUUAUAUAUGUUAAUUUCUCAAAGUUUGCAUUCCUUAAUGUUUUGUAUGAGUUUUUUUCAAUAUCCAUUUUGGAUUUAUAUUAUUAUUUUAUUUACGUUAAUUACAUUCUUCAUUAUAAUAUAUAAUUUUUCAUUUAUAAUAGAUACGUGUAUUAAUUUUUAAUUACUUUAUACACUACUGUAUACACUAUUGUUAUUACAUGAUAUUAUUAUAAAAAUACUGUAAACAAUGGACGAAUCUUUUAAAAAGGCAAAUCAAUAAUAAAUAAUUACAAAUAUGCAAAAAUAAUUUAACGAUAUUAUAAAUAAAAAAAUAAAAAAAAUAUAUCGAUGAGGUAAUAACAAGUUCGAUGAAGUAGAACUCGGAAAUUCGCGACCCUAGGUUGCGAACCUGUUCCUAAAUCGCGUCUCGUUCCAAUCGAACAACCCCGUUAUUCCGCCUCUGUUUUAGCUUUGUAAGAACACGAUGAGCUUGCGACACUCUUUUCCUUCUUUUAACACCACCGAACGAAAAAAUAAUUUUAUAUAACUAGCAUGUCAUAGCAAUUCUUUAUUUUUUUUUUGUUUCUUUUUUUUAUAUAUAAUCCUGAAACAUGCGAGGAUCCGAAUUUUUAACUUUUUAUUUUUUUUUCGUUCGAUGCGAGCAUAGAGUGUUUAAAUUUAUUCGUGUCGUGUGAUCAUGCGCAGUUCAUCUCAACAUAACCUUAAUCGUGCUCCACGAACACUUUGUAUCUCAAUCGAAGGGAUUAAAGCUCAAUUUUCCUUUGCAAUGAAGAUUCACUGCCAGAUUCGAUGAACAAAAAAAUAGUGUAUGCGUUCGAUGAGCUCGCAUCGAUUAUUAUCGAAUAUAUUAUUUUCCAUUUUGUAUAUUUUACCAAUUGUUUUCUUAAUCUUUUCGUUCGAAGCAAAGCAACGCAAUAGACAUACCACUGAUAUACCUCAGGCACCGCAUACACCGCUCGAAACAGCAUGUGUAGCUUUUUUUUUUAAAUCUCACUCGCAGCGAAAAAGUGUGCAGAAGAAUGAAAAAAAAAAAAAAAAGAAAUGUGAAAACAGAUAAAUUCAAAAAUCACACUUAUGCGUUAAUUUUUAAACCUAGCACGUAAAAUAUGAUUUUUAAUCGGUUAAUUGCGCGAUUAAUUGUAUCAGGCGAGAUAAGACCCGGUACAAUAAACUUUGUACAUAUCUUAUUGUGCGUAGUAUAACGCACGGGCGAUUGAAAAAUAAAGUAUUAGUAUUUUAUACAGUCGUAA